AUGGCCUUUUCCCGCCUUCUUUCUUCCUUGUCUUCGUUGGACUUCUGCCAAGGUGGUCUUAUCGACUGGGCUCUGCCGCCUACCAGAAAAGGCUGUGCUAUUCGUGUCUUCUUCAACCCUGGCCAUUGUGUUGAUAGUCCCAGAAACCCUAAGUCGCACCGGGAAAAGUUAGGGAAACCUGAGAAGGUUUUCGUGAAACAAACCCUAGUUUUAGUCCCACUGGGCGUGCCACUUGACGAAGCUUGGUUUUAUACCGCCGGCUUGGUAGUGGAACUCAGGCUAGGGUUUCCUGCAAAAGAGGGCCUCGAGAGUCUCCCGAGGGUAGACACUAUGAUACUUAAGUUAGAAAAGGGUUUAAAGAACGUAUGGCAAAUCUUUUCCCUUGGUUUUGUUACUGCUCAGAUUCUAAUAAUGAAGCCAAUUCUGUACAGAUUUCCAGUGACAUAUGCCUAUUCCAAGAAGAGGAAUCAAAAGACACAGAAGAAAUUUUUGAGGAUUCUCCCUAUUUGGAUCACUUGUUUAACAUACACUGUCGCCUUAGCUAAGAUCUCGACACUAUUCACCAAGCUAACGGCAACAGUGAAUAGAUCCAUCAGACCAAAUUUGAAUGUACCAGCUGCUAUGCUCAAAACCUUUAUUUCAGUGACAAUUACAAUAUGCAUGACCAUCUACGACAGGAUUUUCGUGCCAGUUGCAACAAGGGUGACAAGAUAUCCAUCCGAUAUAAUAAUGCUACAGCGAAUAGGAACCGAGAUCCAUCCUUAA